UCGCCCUCUGCUCUUAUUCACAUCCACAGCACCAUCGCUGUCCGCACUUCUUCACUUUGUUUCUAAUUUUUGCCCUUUUGCCCUCCUCCUCGGUUGCUUCCGGCCUCUUCAUCUCGCUUCGAGGGGUUGUGUACCAUCAGAUCCCCCGAUGGCUACCUACGCCAUCCGCUUUAUUGCUCCCGUGGUCGAGCGGGCCCGUCGAUGGUCACAGUCGUCCAUUGCCGAGGAGCUUCCUGCCCUUGCCACCGAAGAGUCACUUGGCCCACCUUCCGCUCCCACAACUCCGAUUACUCGUCCUCAGGUCUUGGACUCUGUCUCCGAAGCGAUCGAUAUCGACUCCGAGGAUACUGACUCCGAGACGACAUUAAUAGCCGUUAACCCAUCGACGAGCAUACCCCCAUUUGCGAGUAUGGAUUCUGCACCCAAUAUGCCCCAUAAUACCCCUUCCCCAGUUCCCGUACCGCAACCGCCGCCAUCGCCUCCAGCUCCACCUUCAAUGCCAUCGUCAGAAGGUCCUGCCGUUUCUACAGCUCAACAGAGUGCCCUCGGGCCAGAAAGCAAUACCGCCAAACCUUUCGUCUUACCAGAGGAUGAUGGGCAGAGGGAAUUACGUCGGAAACUGGUGGAGAUUAGUAACAUGGAAAUUAGCGAACGGGAAAGGGCGAGAAGGAUGCAUCUUCUCAUGACCGAAAAAUACAAUGCGUUACGCCGGGCUACAGAUGCGGUCAACUCGGGAUCCACUCUACCAAAUAGCGCCCCGACUACCGAUGCCAGCGGCCAUAUUUUACUACUUGAAGACAACCCAUACAAGCUGUCGCCUGCGGAUCUUGCGAGAACCUUUUAUACGGGCUCUGAAGCGGCCGAGAGCGGGGUUUUGGAGCUUGGUUGCUCGCAUUACCGCCGAGGUGUAAAGCUUCAAUGCUCAACAUGCGAAAAGUGGUAUACGUGCAGGUUUUGCCAUGACGAAGAUCAGGAUCACAGCCUGAUCAGGAGGGAGACCAAAAAUAUGCUCUGCAUGCACUGUGACCGGGCUCAGUCGGCGCAACAGGACUGCAGGCACUGCGGUGUUAGGAGCUCUAGAUACUACUGCGAUAAGUGCAAACUGUGGGAUGAUGAUCCAGACAAGAGCAUAUACCACUGCAAUGAUUGUGGCAUCUGUCGAAUAGGAAAGGGGCUUGGGAAGGACUUCUUCCAUUGCAAGAAGUGCGGUGUGUGCAUGUCCAUUUCAUUGGAGGGGGAGCAUAGAUGUAUUGAAAGGUCGACCGAAUGCGAUUGUCCUAUCUGUGGUGAAUAUAUGUUCACUUCCACUCAAACUGUGGUAUUUAUGACAUGCGGACAUUCGAUACAUCAGAGCUGCUACUACGAUCACAUGAAGACAUCAUAUCGCUGCCCUACAUGCGCACGCACAAUCAUAAACAUGGAAAGUCACUUCCGUGCUCUAGACCUAGAGAUAGAGACACAGCCUCUCCUAAAGCCAUACAAUAACUGGCGCUCCCUUAUUGGCUGCAACGACUGCUCGGCCAAGAGCAAUGUGCCUUUCCACUUCUUAGGGCUGAAGUGCGAGAAUUGCAGGUCCUAUAACACCAACCAGAUACGUGUCCUCCGUCCGGAAGACGGUUCGGAUGGCGGCGGGGGUGUUGUGUCUCCAUCUGCUAUCCCGCGUAUUUCCGAGAGAACGACAUCCUUGAAUCCCCUACUUAGAGGUCAAGCGAAUUCUCCACCCCGUCUGGCUCCGGCCGAAGGUGAGGCUGCGCUUGCAAAUGCGAGCAGGGCUAUCGCGGCCGCGGGAGAGGCAAUAAUGGAGUUGGAUGGAGUGGAAGACUUAAUCAUUGACGAUGGGUGGGAGACUGAAGAUAGUGCGGACUUUACGGACAUUGACGAUGAUGACGAUGAUGACCUGGGUGAUUUUGGUAGUGGCGGGGUAGAAGCUGUUGAGGAGGAUGGCGAGGAAGAGGAUGAUAGUGACGAUGACGACGACGACGACGACGACGACGAUCUCAUCCAGCUUCUUGGUCAUCGGUAGCUUGGUUUUUUCUCUGGUUCCGUGUACUACUACCUUGGGAGGCUGGGUGGGUCCGGUUGCUGAUCUGGUUUGGUUCGGUUUUUAGCGGGUGGUUGGUCGUAUGUGUGUAUGUUUUACGGGAAGUGCCCCCCCGUUUCUUCUUUCCUUUCCUUUUCAUUUUACUUUGGUGGAGCAUGGGGAUGGGAAGUCUUCUCUUCGUUUGCUCCCAUCUUCCGUUCCCUUUAUCCUUCAUUUCCCCUCCAAUAUUAUUCAUUCUUCUACACUCGCAAUUGUGUCCGAAUAAUCUCUCCCUCCCCCUAUCCCCUCAAUCUUAUUUCCUCUUUAACUAUUCAUUGGAACCCACGGUCUUGCAUGAAUAGGCAAUACUUGACCUGUUUCUUUUCCUCCUUUUCUUUUAUUCUCGUCGUUUGUACAAUCUGCGAUACCCGCUGUUUGGCGGAAAUUUUUGGGCGUUCUCUUUUUCUUGUUUAUUUUUCGAAGUGUAUUAUAUUAGUGGGUAUAGGAGGCGGGUAUUCGGGAAGUUACGGUAUGGCAUGGAAUU